GUCAAUAACAAAAAUACAAAAAAUUCUGUCGAUGCACGACUAAUUUUUAUUCAUUUUUAUCAAAUUAAACACACGUUACGCAAUUUAUUCAUCGAAAUUUGGAUAAAUCAUAUCAGGAAACUACUUAAAUGUUCUCUGAAAACUCAGGAGUAGAUAUGGAGACUGUGAAAAUCAAUUCGCAUACGCUUCAAUUGCCUGCCGAGCUCUGUAGUAAUGAAGCAAUUUUUAAUCAAUUCUUUUCCUUUGAAACCUGGAAAAGCCUCUCUCCCGCUAUUCGAGAACAUUUGACGAGUAACUUUCUCCCAGACUUUUGCGACGAUAAUCUUGAGGAAAAGGAAAAGACUAUAAACACAUUGCUUUCCCGUCAAAUAGUAAAUUUCAAUACGGAGGUUCUUUCAAAAUUGCAAAGAAGCUUGGCUAGUGGGCACGGGAGCACGGGAAAUAAGAAAAAACACAAGAAGAGAUGGCCUAGCAAACGAGAUAAAAUAAAGAGUUUUGAAGAAUGUCAGCGAGUGUGUCGGAUGAUGAAAAAAUUGUCAAAGUCAAGAAGUUCGUGUUUGUUUGAAUCCAAUAGUAAUAAGAUUGUAUUGAAUACAUCUGAACAUUCUCCUCGAUCGGCAUUUCAAAUAUACAGACGAUCAAUAAAACGGUACUUUAGUGAACUUGAAAAUUUAUCCAUGCUGGAUGAUGCAGAAUUAUCUUCAGACGACCUAGAAGACUACCAUGUAAUAGAAAUGGGUUGCAAACGGCGAAAAUUGAACAUUAACGACAAAACAGUAAACGACAAUGAUGUGAAUGGAGAAGUUCUUGCUAAAUCCGAUGAUAACUGGUACAAAGAAACACUGUUAUCUCAUGAAACAGACAAAUCAACCAUUAAAGAGGUAUACGAUUCAAUUAAUAUGAGGGAUGUAUUUGAAAGAACUCAACUUGAUGUCAGAAAACAACGAACUCAUAUAAAACCAUUGAUCAAAAAGCCAACAAUUAAGCAUGGUCGAAUAGGUAAACCCAAAGCUAGCCGAAGCGUUAUUGAGAGUGACAAUCAAAUUAAAAAGCAGGAUCAAACUUUUGGCGUAAUAAAUGUAAAAUCCGAACCCAAAUUUGAAAUCAAAACGGAGAAAAAUAAUCGUGAUGAGGAUAUGACAGGAAAUCGCAAUUUAAAGCCCUUAAAGCGAGAUUUUACUGGUACCAUCAAAGAUUCAGGAAACUUGCCCGAUUUAGAUGCAAUGGGAAUAAUACAAAUGCCUCUCGAUUUUACCGAUGUAGAUAACAUAACUCUGCUGGACGAACUAAAUGCGACAAAAAUGCCAGAAUUGUUACAAGAGACACACGCUUGCUAUUUGUCCUUAAUACGGGACGUCUUAUGUUCUACGCCAGACCACCGAAUGUCUCUAGAUGAGUUAAAGAGAAAAAUUAACUUUUGGCUGCUCAAUCCCAUUACACCCUUGAAUGAUUGGUAUCAUCAAUCAGAUAAUUGGUUCGGAUUACUACCAUCCGCCGUGCAUUUUCUGACUGGCGAAUUCACGGAUCAACCAGAAGAUUUCGUACCUUACUUAGAGUACAAAGCACAUUUAAACAUAUACCAAUGGAUAGGAGCUGGCCGUGAUGCUGACAAUAACUUGGUACCAUUAUGUAAAUACUGGUUAAGCCGUCGUAACGACAUGGGAACCAACAAACGACUUUCAUCUUUGCCAAGCUUUGAGCUUGAUGAAUCAUUCAGCAUGAGUAAUACAACUGAUGAUUUAUUUGAUGGAUCAAUAUCGCCGCCUCCUGUGCGAUUUCCCACCGAUUGGAUUGUUAGAAAAGCAACACCUGCGGAAAUCGAAGAUUUUCGUGAACAAGAAAGACGCCGGUAUGAAAACCCUCAUAUGCCAUUUACUUUUUACCAACAUGGUUAUGAAAGUGUUGUCGGUCCUAUAAAAGGAAUUUAUACCCAACAGUCGGUAGGGAUAACGAAAGCUAGAGAACAUAACAUGCUUGUGCAAAACAGACCCAACUUUGUGACUAUUUUAACGCUUGUCAGAGAUGCUGUUGCUCGAUUGCCCAAUGGGGAAGGCUCUAGAUCUGACAUAUGUGAAUUGCUGAAGUCAUCGCAGUACAUUAGUCCAACUGCAGGCGAUCAAGUGUUACAAACCAUAGUAAGUGGAGCACUAGACCGUAUGCAUACCGAGCCGGACCCAUGUGUAAAAUAUGACCCCAAACGGAAAUUUUGGAUUUAUUUACAUCGAAAUAGAUCUGAAUCGGAUUUCGAAAAAAUGCAUCUACAGCAGCAACAGUGCAUAGCAAGACCGAAGAAAAUUGUUUGCAAAAAGACAAAGCCAAAACCUGAGAAAGUUGUUAUUACCAAAGCACUACCUGUGAUGUCGCUGCAAACAAAUCCGAAUACAAUUGUGGAAAAGAAACUAGGAGACGCUAAAAACAUCAUAGCGCCAAUGAAGACAGCAAUUCGUAAAUUUAUCCCACAAACUAGCACUAACACAUCUCCAAAAGUUGAAGUAAAAUCAAAUACUAUAGUUUCUCCGAGCAAAAAUAUUAGAAACAUAGUCGUUUCCGCACCCACUAGCAAAAAUAACUCACAAAACUUCGUAACUGCAAAAAUUGGAACACAGAAACUACAAACAAUACAAUAUUCACCGACGCCUGGAUUUGUAAAAGUAUCGGCAAACUCUCAGGUUAAUUCAAUUAAAAUCAAGACAAACCAAAAUAAUGUCACGUCAGAUAAUAACAAAAUUGUUUUUCAAAACAAUCAGUUAUCAGAACUCGGAAAAAUUGGAAUUAUGCCUCAGAAAGUCAUACAAGUCUCGCCGAACAGAUUUCAAACUAACAAUAAAGGCAAUGUUUUGACAUUAAACAAAAUUCCUGUAUCGUUGGCUAAUUAUACUGGUAAUUUAAAUAAGAAAGUAAUUCAAGUAAAACCCAUGAGUGGGUCUAUAUCUAAUUUAACAACGGCUGAAGGAUUGCCAGCACUCCGAAGGGCCAAUAUUCAGAUUAAAGCUCCCACUACAAUUUCCAAUGCGGUUGCAACAAGUAAAAUAGUAAGCCCAUCCGUUCGAUCCACAUCUAUGUUGACUGUAAAAAAUAUCAAACCAUUACCAACAAUUAGUAUGACUUCAAUAAAAGAGGACUUACCAACUGUCAAAGUUCAGUCAAUGACGAAAACAUCACCUUUGCCAGUAUUCAUUACUAAAACAAGCGAUGGUAUGACGAUAGUAAAUGCGAACCGUCCACUUAUUCAAACAUCCGCAGCAUCACGUCCUGUGAUAUCUAAACCCAGUCAGUCUGACACAAAGCCAAAGUUUGGUAUAAUAUCACCAAAUCGAUCACUCUUAUUGACAGACAAAACACAAAAAACUGGUAAUCCAGUUACUCAGAUUGUCCGUGUAACAAAUCCUAAUUCUGUCGGCCAAGUGAAAACAAUAAGUGGUCCUUUGUCUGGUAUCAAGGUUCAACAAAUCCCUGCUAGUAGCCCUAUUCAAAAAGAUUCUAACGUGAAAAAUGUUACACAGUUGGUUAAUGCAAAAAUCAUAAAUGUUCAACCUCAAAAUGCCGAUAAUAAAUUGAAGACUAUCUCGGGAAUUCGUAUGAUCAAAACAUCAGAUCUGAAUAUUGCAAGCAUAAAUGGAAAACAAGUUAUCAUCGCUACAAAAUCCUUGAUAGGCAAUCAAAACCCACAAAAUGUAGUUUUUCAAGCAUCGAACUGUUCAAAAAUAUCAAAUAAUAAACAAACAAUAACUCUUUCAAAGAAUAAUUUAUCAGGCCAGCCAACUGUUGGACCGCCUAUUAUACUGCCAAAACUCCAAGGAGGGAGCCCAAUAAAUGUUAAAACAAUGCAAGGUAUAAAAAUAAUACCAUUUACACCAACUGGAGUAUCUCAACUAGGUACUACUGCUAAGUUUAUUCAAGCAAGCUCAAUAAUGAAAAAUCCUGAAUCAACUAACAAUAAAUAAAUCAAUUAAAUGUACCAAAAAAAAAAUAAUAAAAAAUGUAUAUAUAAU